GAAUGAUUACUACCCGCACAUCUUUAAUGUGGAAGUCAUUAUCGAGAAUUACGGUGAUUGAUGAAAAGAUCGAUGUGAACCACCUCAAAUACAAUAAAUAAACACCAUUGUUAUAAGACAUUGUAGAAACCUAUUCCAGUGGAUUUUCAUCCGAGAUUGAAGAUGAGCAACAAAGGUACUAACGAGUCAUUCUCUCCACCGGUUGGAGAUUAUAAAGUACCUUUAAAACGUCGAAAAAUUGACAUGAACUCGUUAGUCGUCAGCUGCUCAAACGGUGAGAGUCUAACUGACAUGGACUGGACCAGUCUGACGAACGAACUCUCCGAUCUCCGGUGCAGGCUACUACAAACAGAAGCUGCCGUAGCCCAAUUUCACAGGAUCAAAGUUAAAAUAGAAUAUGUUAUCAGGGAAGAGGAGAGAAACCUGGAGAGACAAGUGCAAAUGACCAGAGAGAGGAUAGAACGAUUGAGGACAGUUGUAGGAACAGCGAUGAGUAUUCAAGAGGUUUGUGAGAUGCAGCCACCUGCUAAAGGUGAGAGAGAAUUGAUGGAGAUCAGCAUGCAGGACAAAUCCACAAAUUUUUUGACUGAAAAUGUCGAAAUGAAUCAAUCGAGUCGUGAAGACACUUCAGCAUUUCACGAGGUCCAGGACAAUGGAAUAGAAGCUGAGAGGGAACUGAGAAAUGCUGUGAAAAAUCUGGAGAACGAAUUAGUCUACAUGUUGGAAAACGAAUGCUCAUCUCCGGAAUGUGACUGUGAUGACCUGCCAGAAGCAAGUGUCAACAUCCAGGAGUUGCAAUCGAGAAGAGCUCUCUCCAAGGAUGAACAGAGAGUUAUUCCAAAAGUGGCAAAUGCACAUGAAUCUGAGGAGGACCAACAAUCAGCUGCAGAUGCUAGCUCAACUUUUCGUGGAGCUUCAGAAAGUGAUCCGGAUCUUGAGGAUCAAAUAGCCAGAUUUCAAAAGAGAUUCGAUGAUGCAGAGAAAGACGAUCAAUUGGUAAAGAUUCUACCGGGAAAUCGUCGUGAAUCACUUUUGAAUCUUCAUGAAUCAAAAGACAGUGAAAUUUGGUCCCGAGAUUUGGAUAGAGGAAGACGUUAUUCUCAGCAAGCUGGAGUUGAUCCAAUUCAAGAGGAAAAACAAGCACUUUCAGCAAACAUGGCAGAUGCAAAUGAAUCUGAGGAGGACCAACAAUCAGCUGGAGAUUCUCGUUCAACUUUUCGUGAAGCUUCAGAAAGUGAUCCGGAUCUUGAGAAUCAAAUCCUCAGAAUUCAAGAAAGAUUGGAUGAAGCAGACAACGAUGAUCAAUUGGUAACGAUUCUACCAGAGAAUUGUCAUGGAUCAUCGAAUCUUCAGUGUCAUGAAUCAAAAGACAGUGGAAUUUGGUCACGAAAUUUGGAUCGAAAGAGCUCUUAUUCUCAACAAGCUGGAGUUAUUCCAAUUCAAAGGGAAAAACAAACACUUUUAUCAAAAGUGACAGAUGCAAAAAAAUCUGAGAAUGGCCAACAAACAGCCGACGAUACGAUUUCAACUUUUCGUGGAGCUUCAGAAGGUGACCCGGAUCAUGAGGAUCAAAUAGUCAGAGUUCAAAAGACAUUCGACGAUGCAGACAAAGAUGAUCAAUUGAUAACGAUUCGACGAGGAAAUUUUCGUGGAUCAUCUUUGAAUCUUCAGCGUCAUGAAUCAAAAAACAGUGGAGUUUAUUCACGAGAUUUGGCUGGAGGGAGGCAUUAUCCUCAGGGAGCUGGAGUUGCCCCAAUUCAAAAAAAAAAACAAACACUUUUAUCAAAAGUGGCAGAUGCACAUGAAUUUGAGAAGGACCAACAAUCAGCUGCAGAUGCUAGCUCAACUUUUCGUGAAGGUUUAGAAGGUGAUCCAGAUCUUAAGGCUCAAAUAGGCAGAAUGCAGAAGAGAUUCGAUGAUGCAAACAAAGAUGAUCAAUUGUCAACGAUUCUACCAGAGGAUUGUCAUGAAUCUGGAGCUGGACAUGAAGCUGGAGCUGUUCCAAUUCACAAAAAACAAACACUUCUAUCAAAAGUGGCAGAUGCCCAUGAAUCUGAGGAGGACCAACAGUCGGUUACAGAUACUAGUUCAACUUUUUGUGAAGUUUCAGAAGGUGAUUCGGACCUUGAGGAUGCAAACGAAGUUGAACAGAGGGUCACGAUUUAUCCAGGAAAUUGUACUGGAUCACCUUCGAGUCUUCAGUGUUUCACAUCAAAAGACAGUGGAAUUUGGUCAGCAGAUUUGGAAGACAAGAGACCUCAGUCUCAGACUCAAGCUGGCGUAGUUUCAAUCCAACAGGAUGAAAUGUUGGAACCUUAUGUCGAUAGUUGGGAGAGGGAGAUUGAGGGACUGCCUGGACAUGCUGACGUAGCUGAGCUGAACAUAACCGAGGGAAUGAUGAGAGGAAGACCUGGAGAAUCUGACUCGCCACCGGAAGCAGUUGAUAGAGCUUGCUCUCUUCCACGUCUUCAACAUGGCAACAAUCGUAUGGAUCGGAAAGUCGAAAAAGGACGUCAAAAUCUCCUGGGGGUGGCCAACUAUUACGUUAUAGUGUCCAAUCCACAAUUUUUCGAGAUUGAUUGGGAGAAAGAUUACACGCAUCCCAACGGUCGUUCGUACUUCUGUAAUAAGUGCCCGGUGAAAAGAGAUGGGAAAGUUAAAAUACAGGAUCAUAUAUGGUCUAGCCAUUAUGGGGGGACAUAUAAGUGUCCUCUCUGCUUACGUUCCGUUAUGAGGAGGCACGCUAUUGGAAGACACCUAAAAGUCUUCCACCCCGGCACAUUCCUAGGAAUAUAAACGACCAUGAAAAGGCCAGUUGUUCUAUGUUUUUAAGGCCGUCCAACUGCUAGGUUUUACGGGCCGUUAUCCCUUUCAAACGUUUUAUUUAUUAAAGGGUAGUUGAUGUAGAAAAACAAUUGGUCGUUAUUUUUCAAUCAGGAUGUUUUGUUUAACAGUGGCAGUCGAUUGUCAAGGCGAGUUGUUUCUUAUGAUUUGGAUGAGCCAUAAAUACAGAUGGUCGAGCUUUUCGUUUUCUUUUUAUUAUAGCUUUUCGUUUGUCUUACGAUCGUUCUAUUCGCAUGGAUAUCACAAGUCUGGAGUUUAUGAAUAUGUAUUACAAUGUGAGACGUGUUAACUGAGAUCUUAAUA